CCCCCAUUCUCCUGUUCACUGUCUGUGUCAUUUUAGUAAGGUCCAAGUCUCGCCACUGGGCACCUAUCGUUGGCUGAACUAUAUAGUCCUAUCUUUUUUUUUUCAUGAAUGCAUAAGCUACUGCAUAGUGGAACACGAGGCAAUAUGUUUUUCUGAUACUUUGUUCAGUUCCCAUUUUUUGAAAAGAAGAGGAAUAUCUUGAGAGUUGUGCAUUGUUUCCACUGGAUUUUGGGUGUGGGUGUCAAAAUCCUGGGAUUUGGAUUACGCAUAUUUAAAAAGGGGGGAGUAUAUGUUAAAUAUAUGUUUCUCUGUUAGAUAAAACAACAGCUCACAGCUGUCGCUGAAUCUGUUCUUGUGGAUGUACUGGAGCCCUGAAGGAUUUUAACCUUCUUUCCCCUUCUCUUUGUUUAUCUGCCCACGCUUUGGUCUAAUAUGGCCUCCUUCAAAACAUGGCUGAGAGGGCUGAUGCUCAUUCUCCUGUGUUCCUUCCAAACACCCCUCACUCCAGUGGUCAGAGCUCAGGAGGAAGCUCUCACUGAAGACCACCUACAAAACCAAGCUGAUGAGAGUGAGGAACCAACAGGUGCAGAGCUUGAUGAUGAUAAUAACGAUGAGGAUGAUGAUGUCGGUGAUGAUGGAGAUAUUGGGGAGAGCAUAGAAGGAGCUAAUGAUGACAAUUAUGAUGAAAAUGACAGUUAUGAUGAUGGUGAUGAUGAAGACGUUGAUAGUAUUGAUACAGAGAGUGAAGAGGAAGUCAUCAGUGAUGAUGAUCAUGAUGGGGAGGGUGAAGAUGAAACAGCCAGUGAUGAGUAUGACGACAACAACGAUGACGACAACGAUGAUGAAAAUGCCAAUGAUGGCAGCGAUGCUGAAGAGGACAUUGAGGAGGAAGAUGGUGAUCAUGAUGAAAAUGAUGAUGAUGAUAAUGAUAAAGGUGAUGAGGAGGAAGAUCAUGAUACAAAAGAUGACAAUGAAGGUGAAGACAAAGAUAAUGACAGCAGAGAUGAUGAUGAUGACGAUGGAGAAGAUGCUGCUGCUGAUGAUGGUGGAGAUGAUGAUGAUGAUGAUGGUGGGCAGGGGGAUGAUGAUGCUGAUGAUGAUGGUGGAGAUGACGGUGAUGAAGGUGGACAGGAGGAUGAUGAUGCUGACGACACAGAGGAGGAAGAUGAACCUGAUGCUAUGGAAGGUCAUGAUGAAGAUGAUGGUGAAAGUGAUAAGGAUGAGGGUGAUGAUGUUAAAGAUGAACAGCAGGAUCAACAAGAUUCCGAUGCUGAAGCUGAAGAUGGUCAUGUAGAGGAAGAGGGCGGUGGUGCUGAACUCCAUCGCGCUGGAUCCCUUUGUGGCUACUGUUCCUUCUGCGAGCACUGCGAUGCCUGUGAAAUGUGCCCUUGUCAGGAGGGAGACAUGUCAGAACACUGCAAAGACUGUGAAAUGUGCAAUGUCUGCUACAUCUGUCCUGUACUAUGUGACACGGUUUGCAGACCAGGUGGCUUUCUUGAUGUACUAACAGGAUCACUCUACCAAACAAUGGCUGACAUCUUUGAAUAGCCUGGAUACCACUCCAUCGCCACCAUGUGGCCAAGGCAGGAUCUGCACCAAUGGGAAAUUUGUUGUUAGACUACUUUAUCAUUACUAGCUAUUUUGUUUAUUACUUUAUUUUUCUGUUACCUUUUGAUCUGAUUACAUCACACAUACAAACUGAAAAAUUAAAUAUUAUAAAAAUAUCUAAAUUAGUUAAUUUUGUAUUGUUUUAAAAAGUUUUAGACCCAGUCGCAAAUAACAAAAAGAUGUGAUUAGGCAUAUUUAAAGUAUUAUAUUGUUGCAUGGCAGCAAUAUGAAAUUAGGAAUAUUCAAAGUAUACUGCUGCAUGGCAGAAUAAAAAUGUCAGAUUAA